ACAACAUCCGACAGCUGGUGGUCGUCGGAUCGGUUGUCGGAACGAAAUGGGGAUCAUUUUCAAACACGGUUUUCACAUAAAGCAACCAUUUUUUGAUUAAAUAAAGAGUAGUAUUUCUGUAUUGUCAAUAAAACACUUCCAACUGGAAAUGAAAAGCCCCUUAUCAUCCACGGAAAUAGGACGUCUCCGCAGAGGGUCGUUUGGCCCCCACCAUGUUUCCGACACUCGAUCAUCAAGUGUUCGAUUAUCAUCGGCGAAUGUACACACGGAGAGCUGCUGCCAGUCGUCGCUAAACAGUGCUCGCUUCGCUUCGCAUCCCGUACUCUUCUUUCUUUCCCUUAGAAGCCAGUCAGUGUGGUGGUAGGAAGCACAAUAAUCAUUACACUCCCUCACCGAACCGUGCGCCCGUAGUGCACAAUCACGGGAUGACCGAACGGCACCACCCACCGUCGUUGUUAUUGUUGCUACUGCUACUACACCCAGCAUCUUCUCUCGAGUGAUAGUGCGUGUGCCUGCUGCGUCCGUGCGCUCGCCGGGGUUAAAAAUGUCGUCCACUUCCGCGGCAGGUUUGCAGCAUCAUGCAGCUUCCCCUCGAUCGCCCCCCCGUUCGCCGAUAGUGGCCGCCGCCGUUGCAGCAGCUUCCGCGAUCGGAUCCGCCUCGGUCGGUGGCAGUGCCGCCAAUGUGCCCGGCUGGACGAACAAGCGAAGUCCGAUCCACCAUCUCACCACCAGCCAGGACGUUAUCAAUCAGGGCAAAUGUCUUUGCGGUGAGUACAUACGCGCACGGCUGAAGCGGUCCGGGCUGCUGAACCGGAAGAUCCUGCAGCGGUUGCGCAACUCGAUGGAGCACUGUGCGGCGGUCGGUGGUGGCGUCGUGGUACGGGAAGCCCUGCCCAUACUGAACGGGAUGGGCGAAGAGCUGGAACGGAUGCACCCGCGCCUCUACACGAACGUUAGCCGGCAGAUCUCGAACGAGCCGUGGGGCGAGCUGACGGAACCGGACACGGUCGGCUACCUGCUGCACGUGGUGGCGAAGGAUCUGUUUAGGAGCGGCAUCACGUGGGGCAAGGUGAUCUCGCUGUUCGCGAUUGCCGGUGGGCUGGCGGUCGACUGCGUGCGGCAGGACCAUGCCGACUAUCUGCAGCAGCUGAUCGAGGGCACGGCGGACGUGAUCGAGGAGGAUCUGAGCGGGUGGUUGGUCGAGCGGGGCGGAUGGCUCGGGCUGCAGGAUCACGUACAUCCGCCGCAGCCGGAAAUGUCCGUCACCGGCUGGCUAAGCGUUACCGCGCUGACGCUCGUCGUGAUCUACGUCGUCUCACUGUUCCUACGGGUGAUCGGUGCCAGCUACAUCGAACCGAACCGAUCGGCCACCAACUAACAAGCCUAGCAGCUUCAUUCCUUACGCUUUAACGUUAUCUGAUUUUGGGUUUGCUUUGUUUUAGCAGCAUCAUCAUCAUCACCAUCAUUCCGCAAUCUCUUUAAAAUAUCUUCUUCUGGAACCAAUAUAGCUAACGCGGCGAAGCCAAACCGGGAAACAUACAUCCUGGGGGGGGGGGGGGGGGGGGGGUGAAUAAGGGGAUCAUUAGAGCUAAAUCUGUGCGUGCAAAUAUGUGUUAAUGUGUUUGUUUAGUUUUAAAUUAUGAUUAGUUCGAUCUUUUUUAUGUGUGUGCGUGUGCGAACGCUGCUGUUUCUUAUUUAAUUUGCUUCCUGUUUUUAACUGUCCUUUUCUCCAUUUUUGUUUUAAUUAUGUUAUUUGAGCUUGUGAGCAGGGGGUUAGACACCUCUAAAUGUAGGCUAUAUAUUUACACACACACAUUUCUAUAUGUAUGUAGGAGGGGCGUACAAUGCAAUAAAUAUACAAAACAAUAUUGGUUUGCUGCUAGACGUUUAACGCAGAAGCAGCGAUUGUUAUA